UAUAGAUUCUCACAAAGAUUUUACAAAAGAAAGUAAUAUGAGCACAGAAAUUGAAUUAAAUUCAUGUAUUUUACCAUCAAACUAUGAACAACCUAAAAAUCCAAAAGUGCUUUUAGUGAAAUUAGAAAAAUUGGGAAUUUCUCUUAAAGAACAAAAUAUAGUUUCAAAAGUAGAACAUUCAAUAGCACAAUAUAUUGAUUACUCUAAAAUAAAUUUCUUUAAUCAUUCCAGUAAUGUACUUGCUCAUAAUAGUGAAGUUAGUAGUGCGAUUAGUGAAUGUAUUAAUGAAGCUUUAGCAAAAUUGAAUCCUUUUGAAAAAGAAGUAAUGAUCAAAUAUCUUUUAUCCAAACAUGCUAAAUCAAAUGCAUUAACUAUACAAUUAGAACAAAACUCUUCUUCUUCAAAAAGGAUUUUACAGGAUGUAUAUAAUUUAGAAAAAUUUUCAGAGAUAUUUUCAUGUGAAAAGUCUAAUGUAUGGUUAAAAUCAACAGAAAACAUGAAAUAUCCAGAAAUAUGUACAUCAUCAAUAUAUGAAGUAGAAGGAACAUCUAAUUUAUCAAAACUACCACAGAUUAUUCAGGAUGAAAUUAUCUCCCCACAAAGGAUGAUAUUAAAAACACAUUUACAAAGAUACCUACAAAGAUUUUCCAGAAAUUCUUCUCUAGCAGAAGUUAACUCAAUGACUGUGUCAGAUGAAAUAUUAAAAAGAAGUUCAAAAUUAAAGGAAAUUCAGAUAUUACCACUACUGAUUACAGAACAGAAUAUUUCUCCAAAAAAAUCUAACGAGACGUUAAAAUUAAUAAGUGCAAUUGAUUAUGAAAAUAUAACAAUUCUACAAAAUAACGAAAGAACUCUGAUUGAUAAUGACAAACAAAAUGUAUUACAAAAGAAUACAGAUCAAGGAUUAAGUCGUAUAGAAGAUUUACUACCACAGUUCAUUGUUGAUAAAAGUUCUAGUGUAAACAACAUAACAAAUGAAUCAAUAAUCUCCGUGUUAAAAGAGACUGCUACAGAUGGCAUACCUGUAAAUAAUAAUAGUAUUUCAACUGAAUCAUCAAUAUUAUAUGACGUAAAAAAGAGCACAAAAUAUAUAGGUUUAUCAAAUGAAACGUCAGUAAAUAACGAUUCUAGAAAAGUAAUUUCGGAUAGUGAUAUAACAAAAAUAGAUGUUAAUGAUAUAAACGUACCAAAAAGUGUGCAAAUAGAAGAAAUUCAAUCAAAAAUUAAUACAUCAGAUAAUCCUUUUUUUUAUGAAUGUAUUGCAUGUGGAUUAUUUUUCCCAGAAUUUAAAAUACUUCAAUCACAUCUAAAGAAAUGCUUGAAGAAAGAAAGAAAUAGUGUAAAUGAUAACGAUACGAUAUUUAAUAGAUCUAAAGGUGUGAAUAUUUUUGAGAAUUCAAAAUGUGAUGAUAUACCAGAAUUGAAUUCAUUGAUACACCAGCAAGAAUCUUCUGCUCUUGGUAAUAAUAGUACAAUAUUGUCAACAUUUUUGAUGUUUCCCUCAAUUUCUCCCAUCUCUAAAUCUAAAAUAAAAAAAAUUAAUCAUGAUAUUCGACAAAAGGACAAACGUGCACGUCGUAAACUAUUACAAUACAAUAAUAAAAAUACUCGAUGUACUGUCUGUUCAGAAGUAUUUGAUUCAAUGAUAAGUCUCUCAAAACAUAUUUAUGGCCAUACUGAAAAAGAGUUGCAAAAAGCAUAUGAAAUUGCCAAAAGAAAACAAAGAUGGAAAAGUGCAAAUGACAGCGAUGGUGAAAGAACUGAUAUGAAUACAAUUGAUUCAAGUGAAAAAACACAAACCAGUGAAUCUUCAAGUACAUUACUCAUAGAUAGUACAACAGUUGAAUCAUUGCAGACUAUUCUAGAAAAUAAGAAAGAUGGAAAUACAGAAAAUAAAAUUAUUUCAAUGGAAAAAAUGAAACAAAGUGAAUCGAAAGAAAUAACAAAUUCUUUGGAUCCAUUAGCAAUAGAAACUAAUAAACAUGUAUCAAUGAAAAUUUCUACAGCUUGUGAAACAAAAUCAAUUAAAUUUUGUGCAUGUCAUAAAAAUGAAUUUGGAAACAAAACAUCUAUUGAAUUAGUUUUACUUUGUAAUAUUUGUAAUAUUUUAUUUCAAACAAGGGAGUGUUUUGAAGCCCAUUUUGAAAAUGUGGAAACAUACUUGUGUAAUGCUAAACGAUUAACUAGUAGAGUACCAAAAUUGUAUUGCAGUGUUUGUCAAGUAGUAUUGUAUUCUUUUAUUGGUAUGCGUCAACAUAUGGAAAAUCAUUUAAAAAAUUUUCCAAGUAUCAAACUGUUUUGUCAUGUCUGUAAGGUACGUUUUAUCGGUAUGGGUCCUAUAUUUAAUUUACACUGGUUUAAUCACACAAGAAAUAUUUGUUAUGUAGCUUCAGCUUCAAAUUUUCCAAAAAUAUCAAUAGUGGAUCCGACCAGUGAGAUAUGGUCAAUUAUUACUUCAGAUCAGUUCAAGUAUCUUAUAGUGACAGAACACGUUUGCAGUAUUUGUAAUGCACAGUGCUUUUCAAAGAAUCAAUUAAAAUAUCAUAUGUCAUUUUGUACAGAAAGUUCAGUUUCAAAGUUAUCUAGCAUAAUAUCUACAAAUAAUCACGAAAAUGAAGGUAUUCAAUCGGAAUUGAACUUGCGUUUGUUUUGUAAUAUUUGCAAUCUCACAUUUUCACAAAAAUCUUUAUAUGAAAAGCAUGUUGCAAAUCACAAAAGUAAUUUGCAAUCACAGUACAUUUAUUUGUCAGAAACAGAUGUAAAAAGAACGUAUAUUUGUAAUAUUUGUGCGAACAUUUACGAAAACCUAAAGGAAUUCAUGAUGCAUUGGCAAGAUCAUAACAUGGUACAUGAAACUUUCAUGUGUAAUCAAUGCAAAAAAAGUUUCUUCAAUCUGGAAACAUACAUAGAACAUUCAAAGCAAUGUAAUAUAUCGAUAAUAAACGUAGCAAACACUUCCUAUCAAGAGAUUUAUCACAAAAUGGAUUUUACUUGUAAGAUUUGUAAUUUAACUUUUGACUCAGACAGAACUUUAUGUCAACAUACUAGUAUUCAUCAUGAAAAGUUUCCAAAUUUGAAUACAAUUCCCUCAAAUAAUGCAUGCAACGAUUUAAACUUACAAAAAAUUUCUUUGAUAUAUCCGACAGAAUUAGAGCGUGAUUUGAUAGCACCUAUCAUUCACACUACUCAUUCAAUUGAUGAAAUAACGACGAACAGCACAGCUCCUGUAAACAAGAGUAUAUUUGAAGUACCUGAAAACAACAAUUCUACAAUCAACCAGUCAAUUGAUUCAUUGAAAUUAUCAACAAAUUCUGGAUCAGUAGAAUCUAGUACUGUUGAUAAAAAUUUAGAAAAUCUUUCAUCUGUCAGCGAUACAGAAAUCGACGACUUGAACGCAACCAAAAUUAAUAAUUUUAUGGGAAACAAUAGACCGUCUGUUCUUAUGAAUAAAUCGGAAAAGGAGGAAAACACAACUGCUAUAAAUAAUAGUUUGGAUAAGUAUGAUAAUAGAAAAGAUUUAAACAACAGAAACACAGUGAUAGUUAAAUCACCUGACUUGAAAAAGAAUGAUGUUCUUGAUAAUCCUCUGCCAUCUGAAAAUAUUGAUAUAAAUGAAAAAGAAGAUGAUGUUAUACUGAUCGAACCUAAUAUUUUAAAGGAAACCGUAAAACCAACAACGAGUCUCCAAUCAAAUAAUUCUACUGAAAAGAGUGAAGAGCCGAUACAGACUAAGAAAUAUUUACGCGUAAAGAAUAUCUCAGAAUUGAUAGACCAAAACAAAAAAUACAAUUUUUACAAUAUAAAUGACCAAGAUGGAAAUACCAACAUUCCAACGUCUUCAUCUAUGGCCAUGAAUUUGUCAAAUCAAAAACAGACUAAGAAGUCAAACGUCAAACCACAUAAAAAUAAAAAAUCAUCAAAUGACCAACAGAAAUCUGUAAAGACUACUUCAGGUGCGAAAGUUUAUAAAAUGAUCAUUAUAGAUCACUCACCUACUAAGAAACAAGCGGCUUAUGUUCCUUAUUACGAAUCAGAGAGGCCGAAACAGAGCUUUGUUGUACCACCAGCAUCAGUACAAAGAACAACGCCAAUACCACAAUCAGCACAAGGAGCAAAUAUGCUAGCACACAAUAUGCCAAUACUAGCACUACAAUUAGCACAAAAUACAUCUCUAAUAGCAACACCAGAAUCAGCACAAAAAGAAAUACCAACACUAAUACCACAAUUAGCACAAAAAGCAACAUCAGCAUCAACACAAAUACUAGCACUACAAUCAGCACAAAAAGUAACACAAAUGCUAAUACCACAAUUAGCACAAAGAGAAACACCAACAUCACCACUACAAUCAGCACAAAGAGAAACAUUAACACUAGCACCACAAUUAGCACAAAAAGCAAUAUUAAUACCAACACAAACACUAGCACCACAAUCAGCACAAAAACCAACACCAACAUUAGCAUCACAAUCAGCACAAAAAGUAACAUUAACACCACCACUAAAAUCAGCACAAAGAGAAACAUUAACACCAGCAUCACAAUUAGCACAAACAGAAAUAUCAAUACCAACACUACAAUCAGAACAAAGAAUAACAUCAAUACCGCUAUCAUACUCAAUACGAACACCAAUGCCAAUAUUACAAUCAGCAUUAUUAUCAGUACCAUCCCUUAAUGAUUCUUGCACAGCUCCAUUGCAAAUUCCUGAUGCUCAAUAUUCAAAUAUCAAACCACUUACUACAAACUCAUGUCCAAUGAAUCCAAGAAUUACCGCUGCUACAUAUGCUCCAUCGAUAAUUAGAGAACCACAAAAUAUGACUCAAAAUCGAAGCUUGUUAAUUGCUCCAUCGUCAUCGGUUUCGACAAAUUCUUCGACUAAUAAUUACACGAGUAAUACUUAUAUAGCUCAGAGAAAUAACACUGCGUCAAGUAAGACUGCACCUACAUCCAUGAUAUCGAAUUUACAAUCGAUGAAUGAUAUUUCUUACCAAAAUUUAAAGGCAGGACAACCGCAUGAUACUCAUAGUACAAUAAAGCUGCAGAAUGCAGUUCAUAAUAGGUGUAGUAAUAGAUCAACCAAAGUAAUGCCUAUUGUCAGAUCACGGAACAGUAUAAAGUCAUAUAUGAACAAUGGAACCUCUAGUCUUCCAGUGUCAUCUGAUCAAAAUCAUUAUAAUAAUUCUAAUAUCAAGUAUACUUCCAUGAGUGGAGGAAAUUUGACUAUAAUGCAAACGCAAUAUUCUCAGCAAAAUAAUAAUCGGAUAAAUAAUGUAGGUAGUAUACAAAAACAAUCGAAUAAUCCAUUCCAAAUGUCCACUUUCUGUCAGCCAGUUAUUGCGAAUUCCCAUUCUGUGAUGUCCCCUCAACAACCGCUUGUUCAUUAUCAGCCUAACACAAGUGUAGCAAAUUCUCAAUUUGUGCACUCUUUAUAUAUGUGCCAUUUUUGUCCAAAGGUUUCAUACUUUUCAACGGUACAAGAGUUGGAUUAUCACUUGAAUGUUCAACAUAAUUUUUUCUGUAAUAUUUGUAACGAACGUUUGUACACUUCAAACGAUCUCGAUAUUCAUAAGUUACAGCAUGAUUCAUUGUGGUUUUAAAAUAUGUUUCAAAGUUGAAACUUGAACUAUAUCUUCGCAAAUGCGCGAAAAAAUGAAACACGGUAUUGUUAUUUAUUAUGUAAUUGUUUAAGUAAUCAUUGGCAUAAUUAACUUUUAAAAUAACGUUACGAUAAAUUUACUUCAUUUCCACCUUGAUAUAAAUUUUAUAAUUGGCGAUAAUUUUUUUUAUUUAUAUAGUUUUUUUAUUUCUUACUUGUAUAGUUUUUCUAUUCUUUGAAAAUAUUUUUAUAUAAUUUAAAUGAAAGUAUUAUCAUUCCUAAAUAAAAGAGAUAUUUUCAUUCCUCUAUCUUAUAUUCAAUCUAUUGUUUAUUCAAUCAAGUUCAUUCAUUUCAUAAAUUUAUAUUAUUUAAUAUUAUUUACUUGAUCUCUAAGGAAUUCUUAAUUGUCUCUUUUUUUUUUACGAAUCUCUAAAAAGAUAAAUCUUUAAUGUGAU